CCCGUGCCUACCGGGGCUACCGGGGCCGUGCCCGGGGCUGCCGGGGCUACCGGAGCUCUGCCGGUGGCUACUGUCGGUGUGCCUGCGGCUACCGGGGCUGUACCGGUGCCUACCGGGGCUACCGGGGAUGUCGCCGGGGCUACCGGGGCUCUGCCAGUGGUUACUGUCGGUGUCCCUGCGGUUACCGGGGCUGUCCCGGUGGUUACCGGCGCUGUCCCGGUGGUUACCGGCGCUGUUCCUGUGGUUACCGGCGCUGUCCCGGUGGUUACCGGCGCUGUUCCUGUGGUUACCGGCGGCCGCCGCGUUCAACCUGGACGGGAGCAGCCCGGUGCUCAAGGACGGGGAGCGGGGCAGCCUCUUCGGAGCGGCCGUGGCGCUGCACCGGCAGCUGAGCCCCGAGCCCCGGGCGUGGCUGCUCGUGGGUGCCCCCCAGGCUCGGGCAGUGCCCGGCCAGGCCGCCGAGCGCCCCGGGGCUCUGUUCGCCUGCCCGCUGAGCGCCGAGCCCUCGGACUGCUGGAGGGUCCCCAUCGAUGAGGGAGAGGACCCGAUGCGAGAGAGCAAAGAGAACCAAUGGCUGGGGGUCAGCGUGCAGAGCCAAGGGCCGGGCGGCAAGGUCGUGACCUGCGCGCACCGGUACGAGGUGCGGCACCGCGUGCGGCAGCCGCUGGAGACGCGGGACGUGAUCGGGCGCUGCUUCGUGCUGAGCCAGGACCUGCGCGAGCGGGACGAGCUGGACGGCGGCGAGUGGAAAUUCUGCGAGGGGAGAGCGCCGGGCCACGAACGGUUCGGGUUCUGCCAGCAGGGCCUGGCGGCCGCCUUCAGCCCCGACCGGCGCUACGUGCUGCUCGGGGCACCGGGCACCUACAACUGGAAGGGCUCGCUGCGCGUGGAGCGGCUCCAGCAGAGCUCCCUGGACCUGCUGCUCCCGGACGCCGGCCCGUUCGAAGCGGGGGGGGAGCAGGAGCAGGACCCCUCCCUGAUCCCCGUGCCCGCCAACAGCUACCUCGGGCUGCUCUUUGUGACAAACAUUGAGAGCGCCGCCCCCGACCUGCGGGUGUUCCGGACCCCCGAGCCCGGAGAGAGGGUGCCCGGCGCGGCCGCGGACGUGGGGCACAAUUCCUACCUGGGUUUCUCGGUGGCCGCGGGCCCGGCGCUGACGCGGCCGCACGAGCUCAGUUUCGUGUCGGGCGCGCCGCGGGCGAACCACAGCGGGGCCGUGCUGAUCCUGCGCGCGGACAGCGCGAGCCGCCUGCGGCCCGAGGCCGUGCUGGGCGGGCCCCAGCUCAGCUCCGCCUUCGGCCACGCGGUGGCGCUGCUGGACCUCAACAGCGACGGCUGGACGGACCUGGCCGUGGGCGCCCCCCACUUUUUCGAGCGGCAGGAGGAGCUGGGGGGGGCCGUGUACGUUUACAUCAACCCGGGGGGGCUCUGGGGCAGCGCGACCCCCGAGCGCCUGAGCGGCCCCCGCGGCUCCGCCUUCGGCACCGCGCUCUGCUCGGCCGGGGACCUGGACCGGGACGGCUUCGAGGGUGAGGGGAUCAUCGGGGGGCUGGGGAGGGGGGUUCGGGGCGUUUUCAUUUACCACGGCAGCGCCCUGGGCAUCGUCACCCGCCCGGCGCAGGUGCUGGACGGGGAGGCCGUGGGGGUCUCGGCCUUUGGUUACUCGCUCUCGGGGGGGCUGGACGUGGAUGGGAACCUGUACCCCGACCUGCUGGUGGGCUCUCUGUCGGACACCGUGGUGCUCUACAGGGCGCGGCCGGUGGUUCACGUGGCCCGGGACGUGUCGGUGCUGCCGCCGCUCAUCGACCUCGAGAGCAGCAACUGCCGCGACGGGCCCGGGGUCUGCCUGGAGGUCCGCGCGUGUUUCAGCUUCAGCGAGAGCCCGGGCGGGGACAGCGAGAGCGCGCUGGAGCUGCAGCUGGCGCUGGACGCGGACUCGGAGCGGCGCCUGCGGGGGCAGCAGCCCCGGGGCUCCUUCCUGGAGCGGGGCCCGGCCGAGCCCGAGCACCGGAUCCGGGCCCGCCUGGAGCUGCCGCGGCCGCGGGAGCGGCGCUGCGUGCCCGCCACCUUCCGCCUGCACGACGACAUCCGGGACAAGCUCCGCCCCAUCGCUGUCACCUUGUCCUUCGCCAUCGCGGGGACACCGCGGGGGUGGCACCGGGGGCGCCGGGGGACGGCGCUGCCCCCGCUGAGCCCCGCGCUGAGCCCGCGCCAGCCCAGCACGCUGCGCACCGAGGUGCAUUUCCUGCGCCAGGGCUGCGGCGAUGACCGGAUCUGCCAGAGCCACCUGGAGCUGCGGCCGCGCUUCUGCGCCCGCCUUGGGGACAGCGACUUCCUGGCCCUGCCCACGGACGAGGAUGGCACUGCCAUCUUGGCCGUCAGUGACCAGAAGGACGUGGCCCUGGAGCUGCAGGUGACCAACGAGCCCUCGGACCCCGCGCAGCCGCACAGGGACGGGGACGAUGCCCACCAGGCCCUGCUGGUGGCAUCGCUGCCCCCUGAGCUGCCCUACGCCGCCAUCCGGGCCGAGGAGAGCGCGGACAAGGUUUUGUGCUUGGCCAACCCGAACGGCUCCAGGGUGGAGUGCGAGCUGGGGAACCCCCUCAAACGCGGGGCCCAGGUGCGCUUCUUCCUCAUCCUCAGCACCUCGGGCAUCUCCAUCCACACCACGGAGCUGGAGGUGCUGCUGGAGCUGUCCACGACCAGUGAGCAGCCGGGGCUGGAGCCGGUGGUCGCCCGCGCCCGCGUGGUCAUCGAGCUGCCCCUGGCCGUGACCGGCGUGGCCGUGCCCCCCCGGCUGUUUUUUGGGGGGCAGGUGCUGGGGGAGAGCGCGGUGAAGAGGGAGAGCCAGGUGGGCAGCGCCGUCCGCUUCGAGGUCACGGUGUCCCAGCGGGGGCCGCUGCUCAGGACCCCCGGCUCGGCCGCCCUGACCGUGCAGUGGCCGCUGGAGCUGCCCAACGGGAAGUGGCUCCUGUACCCCCUGAGCCUGGAGCUGGGCACCCCCCCCGUGCCCUGCAGCCCCCCGGCCAACCCCCUGCGCCUCGCCCUGGAGUCGCCAGGCCGGGGGGGCCCCCCUGAGGAGCCCCCGGCCCGCUCGUGGUGGGUGCCCGCGGGGAGGAAGAGGAGGAACGUGACCCUGGACUGUGCCCGGGGCACGGCGCGCUGCCGCCCAUUCCGGUGCCCGCUGCCGUCGCUGGAGCGCUCGGAGCUGCGGGCGCGGGGCCGCCUCUGGAACGGGACCUUCCUGGAGAUGUCGCUGUCCCUGCACCUGGACCCGGGCGUGGCCGUCACCGCUGUCCCCUGGUGGGUGCUGCCGCUGGCGGUGCUGCUGGGGCUGCUGCUGCUGGCUCUGCUCGUGCUGGGGCUCUGGAAGGUGGGUUUUUUCCGGCGGGCGGCGGCGGCCCCGCCCCCGGCCGUGCCGCGGUUCCGGGCCGUGCGCAUCCCGCGGGAGCAGCGGCCCCAGGCCCGCGAGGGCCGCACCGGCGCCAUCCUGCGGCCACAGUGGGCGGCCGGACCCACGGACAGGGACGGACACGGCGCCGCGCCCGGACCCGCCUGACCGACAGCCACGGACGGACGGACACGGCACGGACACACGGACACGGGAUGGACGGGCAGAUGGACACAGCAUGGAUGGACAGAUGGACACGGCUGGACGGACAGGCACGGCACGGAUGGACAGACGGACACAGCACGGACACGGGGAUGGAUGUGGGAUGGUGAGAUGGACACGGCUGGACGGACGGACACGGCACGGGUGGACACGGCAUGGACACGGGGAUGAUGGACAUGGCACAGACAGAUGGACGCAGCUGGACAGACGGACAGCGGCACGGACACGGGGAUGGACACAGCCGGACAGAUGGACAUGGGAUGGACGGGGACAGGGAUGGGGACAGCACCGCGCCCAGACCCAGCUGAUGGACACCCACGGACAGACGGACACGGCUGGACAGAUGGACACAGCACGGACAUGGGGAUGGACAUAGGAGGGACAGGGACGGGCACAGCGCCGCACCCGGACCCACCCGACCGACGCCGACGGACAGACGGACACGGCACGGACAGACAGAUGGACAUGGGGAUGGACGUGGCAUGGGCACAGCACGGACAAAUGGACACAGGGAUGGACAUGGGACAGAUGGACAUGGGACAGAUGGACACAGCGUGGACAGGUGGACACGAGACACGGACGAAUGGACACGGGGAUGGACACAGCUGGACAGAAGGACACAGGAUGGACAGGGACAGGGAUGGGCUGCAGACACCUGGACCCACCUGAGGGACACCUGGGGUGGACAGGGGGUGGACUCAGGACAUGGGACAAGGGACACCGGACACCGGACAGGGGACGUGGGACAAGGAUGGUCCCUGGCUGUGCCCUGGGAAGGCCCCAUGGAGGCCCCGCCAUGUCCUGGAGCCCCCAGGAUGGGCAGUGGCUGGACAGAGCCAGGGCCCCAGGGGUCAGUUCGGCCCUGGGGGUCACUUUGUCCCCACGGGUCACUUUUUGUCCCCAAUAAAAUGCGCU